AAAAAAACGAAGAGAAGUGCAAGUCCAUCCCGUUGAUCCACAAGUAAGACGAACGAGCGAUUAAAGAAAAUCCGGAAGAAAGCGCGCAAACGUCUCUUCCUCCGUCUCUUCCUCCUUUUCCGUCAAACAGGAAGUUUCGUUUAAAACAAAAUAGGCGAACAUCCGGGCCUUAUCGUUCCGCGUGUGCGUGCGUCCGAGGGAAGGAAAGCUGGCAGACGGGAACUGCGUCGGACCGUGCUUUCUUCCUUUCCUUCCUUUCCUUUCUUUCUUUCUUUCUUUCUUUCUUUCUUUCUUUCUUUCUUCCUUCCUUUCUUCUCCUCGCAUCGAUUCGCGGCGCGAAUCGCCUCGGUCGUUAUCGGAGCCCUUUCUACUAGGAAACGAGGAGAACGAAGGACGGAGCAAACGGUGGACGGGGCGACGCUACGCGGCAUGGCGAACGAGACCCGUCGUCGGUCUCUCUCUCGCACAUCCGUUUCGAGGAACAGCUGAUCCAGCUUUUAUAUCGGGGAGAGAAAAGUACACACGGUGAUACACGGUGGGCAGCCGAGAUCGCGGGCGUGCGGUCGCACGGCCAGGAGCGUCGGAGUCGCAGCCGGCGGGCGUAACCCGCGGUUGUAUAUUUGCGCCAGGCACGUUGGAAACACAGCGGGGGCACAGCCAUGCGUCCAGAGAGAUCCGGAUCCCGGAAAAAUCAAUGCGCGGGGAUGCAACGUGACGGCGCGUCGUGAACGACGGCCGAGCCAGGUCGGGACCCCACUAUGACCCCCGCGAUCACGACACGCCGCUGCGUCAGGUUAUGUCACGGCGCCUGGUGAAUUGUAAACACGCGUACUCCCGCAUUGCGUAUCGCAUUGAUCGUGUAAGGCAACAUCGAUGAGACGACGCGACCUGAGGAGUAGCAGGAUGCUGAAGCUCGACGAGAUCGAGGGCGAGAACGUGCCCAAGAAGGGGCGGAAGACCGCGGAGGAGAAGAAGAGCAAGAGCCACAGGAAGAGCAAGCAUGUUAGUGGUAGCGGGCGAAAGCUACGGAGCAGUGUGGAAACUCUUCCGCAUAAGAUGGAGGCUCAGGAAGAAGAGACGUCGAUAGGGUUGUUGUAUCUCACCAAGGAUCCCUCCAGUGUAACCUGUAAGAUAGAACCGUCGGUGUCUAAUGAGGACAAUUACAUUCUCAUGCCCCCCUUGGAGACUCUCGAGGGCGCAACGGUGAAAAUGGAGGAUCUAUUAGAGCAGAGUAUACAUAAGAUCUCAAAGAAUCAAAAGAACGGUAGGUGGAAGCACAGUUAUAACAAGAUGGUAUACCUGCGAAAGCGUGCUGCUAAUAGCGAACAGUCGACACAAGAUGAAACCAGCCAAAGCACGUCCUCCGAGGAGCACGAGCGUAUCCCCAAGUUCAAGGAUAUCACAUAUGACAGUUUGGAACAAAUCAAAAGAGACAAGAAGUGGGCGAAGAAACUGAAUCCGCUUUCCCUGCAUUAUACAGAUAAAAAAAGACCCUAUCUAAAGUGCUCCGCAUGCGGUGCGACGUUCUUCAGUCCUAAUACGUAUCAGAGGCAUCUGUUCUCGCACCUGAACUUGACAGCGGAGAAUUACGCGUGUAAUUUUUGUAAUUAUUCCAAUACAGAGCCCGGGAUGUUGUUUGCUCAUUUGACCAAGCAUCAAAACCAAUGCGAGUCCUGCAACGAGAGCUUAUUGCGCAAGGACAACUAUGAGAAACACUAUCAAUGCUCAAGCAGCAUGUUGGAGUGCGGCCUGAAGCGCGAUCAUCAUGGAAUGUUUGUCUGUGCGGCUUGCGAAUUAGUGUUUGAUCUCCUGGCUCAGCUGGAGAAACAUUGGUUCAAGCACACCUGCAAGAAACAAAAGUCGUAUCAGUGUAACGAGUGUAGCGGUAUAUACGAGAACAAGGAGACCCUGAAGAAUCACAUAUGCCUCAAGUGUCCCAUUUGCGGCGACGUCUAUGAGAAUCUCCACCGACUGAAGGUACACACGAUGUGGACGAAACACAAUCUCAAGUGUCCAAUUUGUUCCUACGAAUUUAUCCUCUCCAUGGACCAUGAGAAGCAUAUGGCUCUACACAGAAAAGUGUAUCAGCCCAUGAAGGAUUAUAUGCAUUGUUUGCGCGCGGCCGAUGGUAAGACGUAUCAAUGCAAUCUUUGUGACAAAAUAUUUUACACCUUAUCUGCUCUUCGAACCCAUCUCACGGAGGACCAUAAUGUGGGGAAUAUAAAAGUAGGGGACGUAAAAGUGAAGGAGGAAGAGGAAACAGUUAUAACAGACGAUAGUUAUGAAUUGAAGGGGGACGCUAUCAAUAUCGUUGUAGUUCCUGACUUUAAAGAUUCCGAAAACUACUACGAAAACGAUAUCGAUCCCUUGCAACUGGAAACUGACCUCUACGAUCCAUCAUAAAGACAAGAGGCUACCACGUGAAUUGGAAAGUCGCGAAAAUAAAAGCAACAAACUUUUCCUACGAACACUCGUUAGCAUUUACUAUCGAACAUCUUUUCGAGCAUUCUCGUUAAAUAGUGAUACUCAAGACGGACUAUGAAAUAAAACUGAUACGAUUGUAAGUGCCGUUUAUAGAUAUAACUCAUAUGCUAUUUUUAAAAGUGUAUCGUUUGCUUCAAGAUUUUGAUAUCAAUUUAUACCACAGAACGUUAAUUUUACACAGAACAUUACAUUCUUCUUCUUCUUCUUCUGUCGUAUUUUAUUAAGUAAAAUAUAUCGAUGAUAAUUAGACGCAUAUAUUAUCAAUCUGAAAGUAGAUAAGAAGAAAGUAGAUACGGAACAGAUAGUCAUGAAAUGAAUCGAAAUAGCAAAUAUUUUCUGAUGAAAAUUGCGAAUUCAACCGCCUGUAUUACUUCGCUCACUGGUAUAUUAAAACGAUUUAAAUCAAAUUUAUCUAAAGUUAAAUUUAAAAAGAACGUGCAAGCAUCGAUGAGAAAUAUAAGUUUAGAUAAAAUAUAUUUCAUUCGUAUUCUAUCGAUCAAAAUGUUUUUGCAUUUGAAUAAUUUUGUGUAUAUGAUACUUCUUAACCAUGUACCAAUGUGGAGUAGCAGGAAUGAUUGAAUUCACUAUAUAUUAUUGUCAGAAAAUUUAGGAACACAAAUAAACCGUUGUUGAUAGUAGCAAUCGUAAUUGCUUGAUCCAUCUUAUAAAAGCAAAAA